ACACUUAACUCUCGUUAUUCCUCUUUAUAUUACUUUGCCUUCCUUUUGCAAAAAUCUAUUUAUAAAAUUUUGUUUUUUAUUAUUAAUUUCAUAAUUUGGCGCCAGCUGAAAAAAAUUUUUUCAGCAAAAACUUUAUGCUGAUUUGUUAAAUGCCAACAUAAUUGAAUAUCACCAAAAAGCAUUGAAUUAGCUAACAUAUCAUCGAAUUUUAAAGAUAAUAUAUUAUUAUACAAUACAUAAAUUGUGCGAUAUAUCUAAAAUAUUAAUUAAAAACCACUAGUGCAACCAGUGACAACAUUAAGAAAAAGAAAGGAAAAUAAUAUAAAGCAAUAGUUUGCUAUUCACUAAUUAAUAACAUAGGCAUUGAGGCAGUACCAAUUUGGGCAGUUCAAUCAGUUCGUUCUUAACAGUCCGUCGUGGCGUUUCUAGAGAAGAGCAACAACGAAGAAAUCACAUUAUGGUAAAAAUCAAUUUAUAAAACGCUUUUGUGUUGGUCAUAUAAAGUUAAUUAUUGUUGUGUAUGGUUAUCAUAAAUUAUGUGUCAAGUUUAAAGUGUCGCAAACUCAAAAUGUUAAUAAAAAUGGCUUCAGAUUUUGUUGACUCAUUGCCAGUUGACUGUAGCGUCUCCACCUAUUUUGCCACUAACUUAGUAUGACAUCGCUAUGUUAUCUCAACAUGGAAGUUAAAUGUGUGGGUUUAUUUUAUUAUAACAUUUUUGGAAUUGGAAAAUAAUAUUAUGUAAUAUACCGGGUUUUGCUUUUAAGCGCCUUUAACUUGUUUACUUGAUCUUUAUUCAAGGCGAUUGGAUAGAACCUUGAAAUUCACGGACAACCGUCUUGCUCUCCAACAGAUUGCUUAUAUAUAUAUAAAUAAUACUAAUGUGCACGCAGAAAAUAUAUGUAAAAAAUGUCAUAUAUAUAUUUUGUAUGAAAUGGUUUUAUUUUUGGAAUUUUGAGUAAAUAUUACAUACGAAUAGCAUAGUUCAUUGUUUAAAAUAUUUAUUUUGGCAACUGGCAAACUGAAAGAUUUGUAUGUAUUACUAAACCUUCAAUAUGUAAUUUCAAAUUUGUUAUUUUCAUGCAUAGUUUCUGUUAGGUGUUUUUCUUAUAAGAAAUAUUUGCUAAGCGAGUGUUUCUUAAAAAAUGUAAAUACUAUUCCUUGUAUAGCGGUUAUUGACAAAUAUUCAUUCUGUUCUGUGUAUGGAAUUUUACUGUUCAAAUGUUCUGAACAAAUAUAAAUUCAUUGAUUUUUUUCGUAAUCAUGUUAUUUAUAUCCGUAUCAUAUAUUAUCUGAUUACAAAAAUAUUCAUAUUGUAUGCUUAGAAUUUUAGCAACGCUUUACUACCUUCUACAGUGGUGGAAAUUAUCAUAUUAUUUAAUAGCCUCUCCACUUACGCCACUAUCAGACUAUGCGCUUCAUUAAGUCGGAACCAUACUAUGAGGGUCUUCCACCAUUUAAUGUGUCGGGUAGCCCCUUCAGUGUUGUUCCAAUACACAACUACCCCGAGCUAAUGAAGAAGACAUGCGAGCUGAUUAACUCUGAAUGGCCGCGUAGUGAGACGGCUCGCAUGCGAUCGCUUGAAGCUUCCUGUGAUACACUUCCCUGCAGCUUAGUUUUAACUACGGACGGGAUGAAUCGUGUUAUAGCUCAUUGUAAGUUAAGCCAGAUACCGUCCAAAAAGAUGGCCUGCUUUAUUGAGUCGGUGGUGGUGGACAAAAGUUGUCGUGGACAAGGUUUUGGCAAAUUAAUUAUGAAAUUUGCGGAAGACUAUUGUCGCAUCGUAUUGGAUUUAAAAGCCAUUUACUUAUCAACCAUCGAUCAAGAUGGUUUCUAUGAACGUAUCGGUUAUGAGUACUGUGCGCCCAUAUCGAUGUAUGGGCCGCGUCACUGCGAACUGCCUAGUUUGGAGAAUGCCAAAAAGAAAUACAUGAAGAAAGUCUUAUAGAUAUCAAUGCCAGUAUUUUUGCGUCAAACAAAAGGAAUUGCGAAACCUAAUGAUUGGGAUAUUGGCGAAAUUACGAAGAGAAUGGAGAUCACUUCAAGAGGAGGCAAGGUUUACACGCUUUACAGCUUUUAAAAAGUUAAAAAGAUAUUAAUAUACAUAUACUUAGAAAUUAUGCUAUAUCGAAGAAACGCACAAGCCUUUGUCGAUAUUAACAAAUUAAAUUUGUUAUGAUUAAUGGAAAUGAACUACGGACUGUAAUAUAGAAAUAUUUAGUUGAUAAAAAUAAGAUAUUGAAGUGAAUGUUGCGCCAAUUCGGUGAACUAUCAGCUAUCUCUUCGAAUUUUUCGCUAAUCAGCAGCUAAACGCUUUGAUAUACUACAAAUAAUUCCAUUAAAAUACAUAUUUAUACUGAUAUUGAUUUCAUAAUAUUGCUUUUUGAUUGUAUUACUUUUUAUUAAAGUUUCAGUUCAAUUGCUAUGAUAUGCUAACAAAUAAGAUUUAGCAAUGCUAGCAUUAUUCCUUCUGGCACUCGCUAUAUUUAUUGUUACCUUUUUUAUAAUUUUUAAAGAGACAUAUCUUUUUUUUAAUUUCAUUAAAUUUAAUAUUUUUGUUUUUUUGGUAAUUAAUUAAGCGCAGAUGUGUUGUAAACGUAUCAAAGCCAUUAAUAAGUAUAUUGAGAGCGAACCUGCCGCAUAAUAUCACACGUUAAAAUCUUCCAACAAUACUUAAACAUAGUGUAUGUAUGUUUGUAGUUUAUAUAUACAGUACAUUCUUUAGUAAGUAUUGUUUAAGAAUGUAAUUGUUAACAUGCUUUGUAGCUUUAGUAAUAUAAUACAUAAGUAUUUAGACAACAACACAAUGAGUUUAUAAAACACGAGUUGAUGAUAAUUGAUAAUAAUGAAUAUAAUAGAAUUUAAAUACA